GAUCUCUGGGCAGAUCCAGAGCGUGCACACGACUGCCUUGCAGAACCACGAGUCACUGGGCACCAAUGUCUCAAGCUUGCUCCAGCGUCUGGGAGCUGCUGAGAUCACCUUGGCCGAGGAGCAGGGCAAGCGGGAGCUCAUGAAGAGGCAGAUGGAAGAUCGCCUGGAACAGGUGAGUUCCAGCCGCACGCCAGUAAAGAUGGGCGACGAAGCGUUGCGAGAAGGAGCUGCCGACAUUAGCUCACCAAGGUCGCGCGAAGCUGCCCGAAUGGCAGUGCAGCUAGAGGUCCAGGAGAAGGAGCUGAAGCGGUUGGCCAAAGACUUUCAAAGCCAAGCGAAAAGCCUCGACCGCAUCUCUGAGCAGCAACGUCGUCUGGCUCAAGAGCAGGCCACGGAUGUCUCACGCAACGAGUCCUCCCGCCUUGAGGAGCGCAAAGGCACCGAGAAGUCCGAGAAGCGACUCAAGGCGAGAUUGGAAGAGUUGGAGGCUCGUCUGGAGAUGAUGCAGUCUGGCUCGCCGAAGGCGAUCUCACGGCUGGAAAGCCAUCGUUUCGACCGCCUUCCUGAGGCGAGCUUGGCAGACGUUGCCCGCACCCUGGAGGAGCAAAGGGCUGUCCUUGCCGAACAUGAUGCGAGGCAGCAGAAUACUCAGAAGCUGUUUAGCCAGCUGGAAAAGUCCGCCCAGGAUGUACAGCCGCUCUUGCAGAAGAAGCUUGCUGACCACGACGCUAGGCUUGAGCAACAGGCGUCCGAGCUGAUCCAGGCCCGAGAUCAGGCCGUGCAGCUGGGGCGACAGAAUACGGAGCUGAGGACUCAGCUCGAGGCGCAGAAGGACGUGGUGGAGAUCCGAUGCCUCGAGAAGUUGGAGGUGCAAGGAAAGCGAAUGGAGGAGGUGGCCAAUCGGCUCCAGCAGUUGGAGGACACGUCCAGAAGCACCCUGCACCAGGUCAAGCAGGUUCCGGACCUCGAGAAGCGCACUGAUCGAUUG